AUGAGAAGUCUAAUUCAGUGUUUAUUCUAUGGGUCCUUGAUAUUUGGGGUCUCGACAGCCCUAUUAUUCGCAUAUUUCCACCAUAAUCAUGUGAGCAGCCAGAAGAAGAAACUCCAGGAGCCCUUGACAGACUGGUCUAUUGGAAAAAAUGCACAGCAACAAAUCCAUGCCUCUGAGCAUGAACAAGCAAUGGUCAACUGGUCUGAUGAAGGUGAACCACCUGAAGAACUAAAAAUAUUACCUAGAAUAAAUAAGAACAUUAACUUUUCAGAUCCGGAGCUUUUCAAAGGACUUUUAAAACAUGGAUUUAAUACCAUUAUCAGUAGAAGACUGGGCAGUGCAAGGGAAGUGCCAGAUGCCAGGAAUAAAAAAUGUCUUCAAAAGCAUUACUCACUCCAUCUACCUUCUGCCAGCAUUAUCAUUUGCUUCUAUAAUGAAGAAUUCAAUGCUUUGUUUCGGACAGUGUCCAGCAUUAUGUAUCUUACUCCAGAAUAUUUCCUUGAAGAAAUUAUUUUGGUAGAUGACAUGAGUGAAUUUGAUGAUUUGAAAGAAAAACUAGACUAUCACUUGGAAGCCUUUCGGGGAAAGAUUAAACUAAUAAGAAAUAAAAAGAGAGAGGGUCUGAUUCGAUCAAGGGUGAUUGGAGCAUCUCAUGCUUCAGGGGACAUCCUGGUAUUCCUGGACAGCCACUGUGAGGUGAACAAAGUUUGGCUGGAGCCCUUGCUGUCUGCCAUUGCCAAGGACCACAAAUCGGUGGUAUGCCCUGUGAUCGACGUCAUUGACCAUAUGACCCUGGAAUACAAACCUGCUCCUAUUGUAAGGGGGGCUUUUGACUGGAACCUGAAAUUUAAAUGGGAUCAUGUUUUCUCUUAUGAGAUGGAUGGGCCAGAAGGACCAAGUAAACCAAUUCGGUCACCUGCAAUGGCAGGAGGAAUUUUUGCCAUACACAGGCAUUAUUUUAAUGAAAUUGGACAGUACGACAAGGGCAUGGAUCUUUGGGGAGGAGAAAAUGUGGAAUUUUCACUAAGGGUCUGGAUGUGUGGAGGCCAACUUUUCAUAAUUCCUUGCUCUCGGGUGGGCCAUAUCAGUAAGCAGCUUUCUGAGAUGAACCCUGAAAUCAAGAAAGCUAUAUCCCAUAACUAUCUGAGACUGGUGCAUGUUUGGCUGGAUGAAUACAAGGAGAAGUUUUUUCUUCGAAAUCCUUCUUUGAAAUUCAUGAGCUAUGGAAACAUUAGUGAGCGUGUUGAGUUAAGGAAACAAUUGGGUUGCAAAUCAUUUCAGUGGUAUUUGGAUACUGUCUUCCCAGAUCUGAAUGACGAAAGGGAACAAGAUCAUAUUUAUUUAUAA